GGCUCUGGGUUUAAGUUAGUUUCUGGCCCUGACUUUGACUGGAAAGCUGAAGACUGUCUCCGUGAGCCGGGUUUAGCCUCCCGGCCUCACCCCAGCCAUUUUUGCGCAUGCGGAGGACGCCCCGGGUGAUUGGUUAAUAGAAUGAACUUGGCCCAGCACGGUGAUUGGUCAAUUGCACGUCCCGAACGUUGUGACUGGUCUGCAGGCACGUCUUGGAGCGCGCGCGGGAGCGAGCUUCAAAAGUUGAGCCGUGCUGGGCUGGCCGGUACCUCCGCGCUCACGAUGGCGUUGCGGGACCUGGAGAGCGGCCUGCAGCCCUGGUGUCCGCUGCAUCUCAGCCAUGAAUGGGUCGACACAGUGUGGGAACUGGACUUCACAGAGACUGAGCCUUUGGAUCCCAGCAUAGAAGCAGAGAUCAUAGAGACAGGAUUGAGUGCAUUCACAAAACUCUAUGAAAGUCUUCUCCCCUUUGCUACUGAAGAACAUGGAUCCUUGGAGAGCAUUUGGACCUUCUUCAUUGAGAAUAAUAUUUCCCAUAGUACACUAGUGGCUUUAUUCUAUCACUUUGUCCAAUUAGUCCAUAAGAAAAAUGCCAGUGUACAGUAUCGAGAAUACGGCCUACGUGCUGCUGGGCUUUAUUUUUUGCUACUAGAAAUACCAGGUAGUGUAGCCAAUCAAGUGUUCCACCCAGUGAUGUUUGACAAGUGUAUUCAGAUUCUAAAGAAGAGCUGGCCUCAACAAUCUAACUUGAAUCAGAAAAGGAAAAAAGAGGAGCCCAAGAGUUAUCAGGAUAAUUAUAGAAGGAGUAGGAAAAGAGGAAAGCCACCCAGGAAAGAAGAUAUUCGGAUGGAUGAAUUUACAGAAGAAGAAGAGGAGGAGAAUAUUUAUUUUUCUUCUCGGGACCUUUCUCAAAUCCGAAAUGCCAUAUUUGGUCUUCUAAAGAAUUUUUUAAGGCUUCUGCCCAAGUUUUCCCUCAAAGAAAAGCCACAGUCUGUACAGACUUGUAUAGAGGUCUUUGUUGCAUUAACUGCUUUUGAGCCAGUUCUUCAGGGAUUUCUUGUUUCACCAGCCAGGGAUCUUCAUGAAGUAAGACACAUACCAGAGCUGGCCUAUUGUGGAUUGUAUUUGCUGUGCUCCCCAAUUCAUGGAGAAGGAAAUAAGGUUAUUGGUUCUAUUUUCCAUAAAAUGCUGAAAGUAAUACUGAUGUUAGAAGUAGGCGAAAGGUCCCAUUGUGCCCCAAUAACUAUUACUUCACAAGCCAUCAGUUGUAGAAACCAGGCAGUCCAGUUUAUCAGCUCACUUGUGGAUGAACUACAGGAAAGUAUAUUCCCAGUUCUUCGUAUUUUGCUGCAGCAUAUCUGUGCUAAGGUGAUAGAUAAAUCAGAGUAUCGGACCUUUGCAGCACAGUCCCUGGUCCAGCUGCUUAAUAAACUUCCUUCUGGGGAAUAUGCUGCAUUCAUUGCCUGGCUUUACAAAUAUUCACGAAGUUCCAAGAUUCCACACCGGGUUUUUACUCUGGAUAUUGUUUUAGCUCUCUUAGAGCUGCCUGAGAGAACAGUGGAUGACAGUCUAUUCUUGGAGCAUCAGAAGUUCCUAAAACAUAAAUUCUUGGUGCAAGAAAUUAUGUUUGACCGUUGUUUAGACAAGGCACCUACUGUCCGCACCAAGGCACUGUCCAGCUUUGCACACUGUCUGGAAGUGUCUGCUAGCAACACAUCAGAAAGUAUACUGGACUUCCUCAUUAACAGUCCUUUUGUUUCAGGACUACAGAGUCAGCCUGGUACCUUGUUGAGACAUUCAUCAGUACUUUCUUGCCCGAAUUGGACAUCUACCUCUUCUAAGCCCUCAACACAGAACUUCAUAGAUAACAGUGGUGAAAGAGUUGGAUCUGAAAGAUGCGUCAUAGCAAUGCUGAGAAAAAGAAUCAGGGAUGAGAAGAUCAAUGUCCGAAAGUCUGCACUCCAGGUGUUAGUGAGCAUUUUGAAACACCAUGACAUCUUGGACAUGCAGGAAGACCUGUUGAUUCUGCAGGACCAUUGUCGAGACCCUGCUGUGUCUGUCCGAAAGCAGGCCUUACAGUCUCUUACAGAACUUGUCAUGGCCCAACCUACAUGUGUCCCGAUCCAGAAAGCCUGGCUGAUGGGAGUCAUCCCCGUGGUGAUGGAUAGUGAGAACACUGUGCAAGAGAAGGCUCUGGAAUGCUUGGACCAACUCCUGUUGCAGAACCUUAAGCAUCACAAAAAAUUUGAUAGUGAGGACAACAGCCAGGUACUUGCUUGGACACUGCUUGCUCUCCUCACCACAGAAAGCCAGGAUUUGAGCCGCUAUUUAAAUAAGGCUUUUCAUAUCUGGUCCAAGAAAGAUAAAUUCUCAUCCAGUUUUAUAAACAGUGUGAUAUCCCACACUGGCACGGAACAUUCUGUACCAGCCUGGAUGCUGCUCUCCAAGAUUGCGUGCUCAUCACCCAAGCUGGACUACACCAAGAUAAUGGAGUCUUGGGAGAAAAUCAGCAGUGACCAGACUGCAAAUUCAAACACCUUAGGAUAUAUGCUGUGUGUCAUUGGGCAUAUUGGAAAGCAUCUUCCCAAGAGUACCCGGGACAAGGUGACUGAUGCUAUCCAGGGUAAGCUGCAUGGAUUUCAGUGGUCUCUGGAGUUGAUCAGCUCUGCUGUGGACACUUUGCAAAGGCUUUGUAGUGCAUCGGCAAAGACAGCGGUGGAAGAGCAGGAACUACUGAAGCAGGUAUGUGCAGAUGUGCUCUCUACCUGCGAGCACCGCCUCUCUGACAUCGUCCUGAAGGAAGAUGGGGCAGGAAAUAUGGAUGAAGAGCUGGUGGUGAAAUACAUUUUUACCAUAGGCGAUAUAGCCCAGCUAUGCCCAACCAUAGUAGAGAAGCGAGUCUUCCUUCUAAUCCAGUCCAUUCUGGCUUCCUCUGCUGAUAUGGAUCUCUUAUCAUCACCUCAAGGACCAACUGAUGUCCCAGCCAAUCAGCUGCCCUCCCAGGUCAGAGGCUCUGCCAUGCCUUCUGUAAUUAGAGCACAUGCCAUCAUCACCUUAGGUAAACUGUGUUUGCAACAUGAGGACCUUGCAAAGAAGAGCAUCCCAGCCCUUGUGCGGGAACUUGAGGUGUGUGAAGAUGUGGCUGUGCGCAACAACGUCAUCAUUGUCAUGUGUGAUCUUUGUAUCCGGUACACCGUUAUGGUGGACAAAUAUAUUCCCAAUAUUUCCAUUUGUCUGAAGGAUUCAGAUCCAUUUAUCCGAAAGCAAACACUCAUUCUGCUUACCAACCUCUUACAGGAAGAAUUUGUGAAGUGGAAGGGUUCUCUGUUCUUUCGAUUUGUCAGCACUCUGGUAGAUUCACACCCAGACAUUGCCAGCCUUGGGGAAUUUUGCCUGGCUCACUUGCUAUUGAAGAGGAACCCUACCUUGUUUUUCCAGUACUUCAUAGAGUGUAUAUUCCACUUCAACAGCUAUGAGAAACAUGAGAAGUACAACAGGUUUUCCCAGUCAGAGAGAGAGAAGCAGCUGUUUUCACUUAAGGGAAAAACAAACAAGGAGAAGCGGAUGAGACUCUACAAGUUUCUUCUUGAGUACUUCACAGAUGAGCAGCGAUUCAAUGUCACUUCCAAAAUCUGCCUUAGUAUUUUGGCAUGCUUCACUGAUGGCAUCCUGCCCCUGGACAUGGAAGCCAGCGAGUUGCUCUCAGAUACGUUUGACAUCCUCAGCUCAAAGGAGAUCAAGCUUUUGGCAAUGACGGCUAAAACCUACAAGGACCUCCUGGAAGAAGAUGACAUGGCCUUGGCAAACGUAGUCAUGCAGGAAGCCCAGAUGAAGCUCAUCUCACAGGUUCAGAAGAGGAAUUUCAUAGAGAAUAUUAUCCCAAUCAUCAUCUCCCUGAAGACUGUGCUGGAGAAAAAUAAGAUUCCUGCUCUACGGGAACUUAUGAACUACCUCAGAGAGGUGAUGCAGGAUUACCGAGAUGAAAUCAAGGACUUCUUUGCAGUUGACAAGCAGCUGGCAUCUGAAAUUGAGUAUGACAUGAAAAAGUACAGUGAGCAGCUAGCCCAGGAGCAAGAGCUGGCAAAGCAGGCCGAUGGGAGCAGCGUGGCUGAAGGUGGUAACCGGACACAAGCCCCACAGGUUGCUCCUGGCUUACAAGUAGUGCCUGCUCCUGCCAGCCAAGAAAAUGCUGAUGUGUCUCUGCCAGUGAGCUUGCCUUCUGCACCUGGGUCCAGCUGCACACCAGCUUUGCCUCUCACACCAGAAACCAGGCCUCUGAAGAUGUUAAUGCCCAGUGCCAGGCCCAUGUCCCUGAGUACCAUUGCAAUCCUGAAUUCUGUCAAGAAAGCCGUGGAGUCCAAGAGUAAGCAUCGCAGUCGGAGCUUAGGAGUGCUGCCUUUCACCAUAGAGCCAGGAAGCCCAGAAAAACCCAGCAGCCAUGUAUCUUCCUACAGCUUGGAACAAGAGUCUGAUAGAGUUGCGAAGCACGUAGCUAAACGAGCAAUCAGCACCCCGGAGCAGUCCAUCAAUAAUGUCACAUUUGGAGCAGGGGUCAGCUACAUAGGGACAACACCGCAAACUCCAUUUUCAACCAAAGAGAAAGUUGGAGCCCAGGAUCAAGGAAAUGACAUUUUAUGUUUAUCGCUUCCUGAUAAAUCGUCUGCACAGUCUCCACAGUGGAAUGUAAAAUCUCUGACCAGGAACAAGGGCAACCUAAGACCCAGCAGGAGGUCCCUCCGCAAGACCCCCCUGAAGAUGGCCAACUAAAAGUUGGUCCAGCGAGUGUCCAAAGAUUGCUGUGGGAACUUUUGCCUUUUGCAUGUAGAAGGGAAGAAGUGGAUCACUUGGCCUCCACCUGGGGGAUGCUCCUUAUACAAUACCAAAGCUCUUCCCUAGGAUACCAGCACUCGCUUUGCUCCCCUUGUGUCUGCCUAUAAACCUUCCCAUAUUUCUCUUUAUGAUACUUGUUCAGAUUUGUAAAUAGAGAAAUGACAUAUUUAGACUUUCUUACCCUAACAUUAAGUUAUUUAAUAUUGUGACAUUCUAUUUGAAUGUCAAACCUAUUGUGGCAAGUUACAAUCUGGUCAUUAGGAACACACUUUUAAAAACUUCAGCUUUCUUUUAUAUAAAUUAAGCUUCUAUUGGCUUGUUUGAAUUCCUUAUAGGAGAUAUUUUCCCAUAACCAAUAACAAAGUUUUGACUGAAAUAUUUUUCUAUUAUUUGUAAUUGCAGAUUUUAUUCAAAGUGUUCAUCCUUUCUGUAAUGAAGUAAUAAAAGGUUAAGUAUGAAUACAGCCUAGCAUUCAGUAGAACAUUUCUGGUUUGGGAACAAGGCUCUAUUGGUGGUCAUCUUAACUAAGUACUUAAGAAGACCAAAUCCUUCCUGUUAGGAAAAGGAUGAUCCUGUCCUUAGAGUUUGGUUCACCCGCCUCCCUGCAUUUGUUCUGGGGUAGAAGCUUUGUCUCCCUAACAGUAGACAUCAUCAUUAGAAUAGUAGGUAGGACUCCUUCUUUGGAAGAAGUAGCUUCAUGACCCUUUGGCAGAGUGGCACUGGUGCUGACAUGACAGUGCUGAGGACUGCACUACAUCAGGGACAUCAUUGAGUUUCUUCUGUUGGUUCUGUUACAGGAAUUUCAUUUGGGGGCUAGAAAGAUGGUUCAGUGUUUAAGACCAAGUACUGCUCUUACAGCAGACCAGGAUUUAAUUCCCAUCACCCAGGUUGAGCAGCUCCUAACAGACUUAACUCAAGCACCAGGGGGUCUCUUUGGGCUCCUGCACUCACUUAUGCACAUACCCACAUAAGCAUAAUUUAAAAUAUUUUUAUAAAGAAACACCAAGAAUACCCAAUCCAAACAAACACAAUUGGGUGUUGUGGUUUGCUUGUUUUGGAGAUGGGGUCUUGAUAUGUGAUCCAAGACACUUAAUUGGCCUCAAGCAAUUUUCUUGCUUCAACCUUCUAAGUAACUAGGACUACAGGCAUUUGCCACCAUGCUUGGCUGGUGUCCCCCUGUCCCACCCUAUACUAACCCAAGACUCCAUGCAUGCUGGAAAGCCCUGUAGUGCUUAACUACACUCCAGCCCCCCAAAUUACUAUAUUUUUAGUGUACAUGUGGUAGUUGGAUUUGAUGGAGUCACUGUGCUCUGCCAUAAAUAAACUCUGACAAUUAGGGAGUAAGUCACACAGCUGUUCUUGGGUGAGCAAACUUGGCUCCAGUGCAUAUUUCCUUAUAGUGCUAGAACUGUACCUUUUCAGAGUAUGUGCCUAAUAAUACUUAGAAUACAGGGUAAAUCUAAUGUAAUAAAGAAAGAAAUGGUUUCACUUUUAAAGCUUUUAUAAAUGGGGUUUAACAAACAGCAAAACUGAAGAUGUAUUAGUACAAGUUGUAACACCUAGGUACAACAUCCAUAUCAAAGGUCAAAGAACAGCCUCUUUUAGGCCUCUUCAGUCUUUAGUCACAUUUAUAUCCCACAGAUGAAUGAGCACUCCUUCUAUCUGUGGCUUUAUCCUGGGCCACUGCUUUCCAGGCUCACGUGUGGCUUUGUCAAACCUAGUUCCCAUGGCACUGUGGCAGAAGGCUUUAGGCAGCGGCAAUACAGCUACUCUAAUGCUUUGACAGCCACAAGGAGGAUAGUAUAUUGUUCCUCAGCAGUCAAGACUGGGUCAGCUACCCCUUUCUACCAAGAGGAAGGAGAGGAGGGGCAGUGUGAUAACUGCAUUCAUGAUGGAGGUGCAAGAGAAGACCGGUACCACUGAGCAAGCACAGAGCUGCCUGCUGCUCCUUCCAGGAUCUACCACACAGCAUUUCACAUUACUUAAGAAAAAAGUCAGAAUGUCUCAAGUAUUCAAUGAAAAAAAAAACAAAAACAGCUGAAGUAUAAAAUUAAAGAUGACAAAGUGGCUAGCUGCUACAUAAAACAUCCUUCAGGCGCAGGAUGUCACAUCAUGAUUCUAACAUGGUGACGUAUUUGAGGCCAAGAACAUCUGCUCUUGAAGAGCAGAGGCUUUUGAAUGGUGUUUCUAAUGUCCCCAUCAAAUGAGCAGUGUCUUGGGUAGAUAAAAGAUUUAAAAUAAAAAUUAGAAAACUGCUUUUGGCUCAGGCAUUUUACUUUGCUCAUCGUCAGGCUUUGUACCUCAGCCGCACCUCCAGAUACUCUUCAAAGGGCUAGACUGGCUGCCACCACACAAUGGUUUGUCAUGAAGGAGACAGCCUGUGGUGUUGAGAUGUUUUCUUCACAGCAAAGAGGAACAGCAGGAUCAUUUUCUUUUUUAAAAUAUUGUAGUUGACAAGUUUGGUUUCAAAAUUGCCUUUGGCCCUGGAUACUUACUGACUACACAAAUAAUUAAAAUGAAUUUUAAAAAUAAAUAGCCCUGACUACUUUGUUUUGUAAGCUAUCCAAAACAGGAGUUCUGUCACAGGAACCAAAAGGCUGGGAUGCCACAUGGCUACCAGUUUUCCUGAAAUUCCUACCUAGGAACCGGUGAGCAUUGCACAGCCCAGAACGCUACCUCUGAAGUUAAUUAGGGCACCAAGCUGAGGUCAGGGCUGUGCAGAUGGAAGUGGGUAUUCCAUCCCACAAAAGUUAGUGACCCAAAAUGACCUUGACCACAUUGCCUUCCACUAACCCCAGGAGCCGGCCAACAUGGUCUGUACAUGUGUGUCUUUGGGAAUAGCAAGCAGUUUUAGUGAUCUCAGGAAGAGACUAUUCAAAGCUAACCUGGAGUUCCCAAGGGUUCUUAUACAAGCUAGAUUGGAAUCCUUUAAUGGCUUCCUAAACAAUGGUCUGAUGUACAGACAGCAUGUUUUCUUAUGAAAAAUGCCAAAAGUUACUGUCAAUAAAGGAAUGUUCCAGUCAGCAUCCUUAAGGGAAUUCCUUGAGUCAAAGACUUUAUUCUUGUUAUUUUCCAAUUUAAGACUAGUAGCUUGAACCUUCUACCUUAAGUUGAAAUCUUAAAAAAAUAGGUUUUAAAACACUAUAUGACAAUAUAUUUACAGUUUAUAUAGAAAUUUUCAAUAAUCAAAAUACAUCUUUAGCAAAAUUUAGAAUGUUAAAAUUUUAUAAAAUAAGCAAGACCAAUAGAAAAGCAUAUUUCAGUACCAUUUCAGACUUAGAUUAAGACAAUGGUUUUCCCUAAAUCCUGACACCUCUUGGACAGGGAGGGCUCCCCUGGAUAAGAUCUCUCUUCCAACAAGCGAUUUACCUUUCUGAUUUGGGUUUUUAUAAAAUGCCGAUCCAAACAUUCUUCAGAGUGGACGUGACAAUACUGGAUGUUCAACAGAGCCCUGAAGAGGCAGUGAUGGUAAGUCAGGGCCCAUGGAGCAAAGCACUGCCUGGAACAGGCUUCAUGCCAUGCUCACAUUGCUGCUGCUGUAGCACAGCACCUUGUCCUCUCCUGGCCAGUGUUGUCCUGGCUGCUAAAAAGCCCAAGGUAGCAGAAAGACCUUGACGAUCACCUUAAUCCCAUGUGGGAAUAAGGCCAGCACAGACUCGGGACACAACUGAACUCGUUCCACUUUUCUUGGUAGCUACUAUGCCCAUCUCGAAGAAGAUUCUUUUAUUCAUGUGGCUUGUUAGAAAGUAAGAAAGCAGUAGUCAACUUU